CGGUAAUUUAAGAAAACCAAACUCGACGCAUUUUGAUAUCACUUCGAUUAAAGUGCGUCGUUAACGUCAAAGUUGCACUUUGACACGGGAUAUGAGUAACACCGCCUGUGCCGCGACAGACAAAAAUGUUAAGGAAAUCGAUAAGCUGCACGUAACACGUAUAAAAAAAGUAUCCCCACGUACUUGUUUGUAUACCGAACGUAACCAAACCUGGGUUUUUAUUAUCUCGCUCGUUUGUCGCCUGCUGUAAAAUUCAGAACUGAAAAUAAAGUGCGGCAAUAAACGCGCCAGUACUACACAACAGAGAACUGGUGCUGAAGAUUCUUAUUUGUUACCAUAGUCAUCAGAAGCUACAUUAAUAAUCAUUUUAAAAAAUGGUUGUCAUAAGAUUGUUCCGUCGAUUGGGAGAUAAAUGGUUUGAUGUACAACAGAAAACUGCCGAGGGCGUACAGUCUGCACGCGAUGCAAUGUUUCGGGGUGGCGUUAUCGCCAUCACUUCUGUCGUUGUUAUAUGGAUUUCUGUUUUUCUUUAUGCAACUUUUUACUACGCCUAUAUGCCUAGCAUAUCGCACGUCAGACCUGUGCAUUUGCAAUUCAAAUCCUGCGACGAAUCCAAAGGAGUAUGUAGCUUUCCUUCGGCUCAUGUUCAGUUAACAAAAAAGCAGCAACUCUUGAUGGUCGGUCAAUCUUACAAAGUUAAUCUACACCUGGAACUACCAGAGUCUCCGGCUAACAGAGAACUUGGUAUGUUUAUGGUAUGUGCUCAAUUGAGGGACAGAGACGGAGUAUUGGUUGGAAACGCUUGUCGGUCCGCUAUGUUACAUUAUCGAAGUUCCUUGCUGCAUAUAUUAACUACUCUUAUGUUCUCGCCUAUGAUGAUAUUAGGAAGUACAGAAGAAAAACAGCACCUUGUUCUUGAGCUUUUUGCCAACUUUGAGGAAGACCAAAGUCAUCCGGUGACAGAUGUAUAUGUGGAAAUUCAGUCGCGAUAUGUUGAAUUCUACUCUGCAACUAUGAUGAUAAACGCACAUUUGUCUGGACUGCGUUAUAUCAUGUUUCAUUGGCCAGUGUUGUCUGCCAUUCUUGGGAUCAGUACCAACCUAUUUUUUAUAGCACUGAUCUGCAUACUAUCUUAUUUUCACUUCAUUGCUGACGAGGAAAUCUUAGACGAUGAUUUUAUUUAUGAAAAAUGCGAUUUGUCUUCAGAUACGUCGUCCUCAGAGGAUACAUCGAUGCUCGAAGAUAUUCCUAGACAAAGUCGUCCAGACGAUAAAUCUACCAAAACGAUCUCCAGAAUCGAAUCGAUCGGGUAAAAUAUACAGGAAUAUUAUAAGGCUGACUUCGAAAUACAAGGCAGCUUAGGUGUGGUGUCGAGCAAACGUUCAAGCUGACAAUUUAUUCGAAUUUUGAAAAUAAAUGUUUGGUUCUCAGUGCGAACCCAGCCAGUCUAUUUAAGAAAAAACUCGAACAUAGCAUCGUUGAAAGAGCAGUUCAAAUUCCGGGCAAUGUUCCUUGCAUUUUAAUUCAACCGACAAGAGUGUUAAAAUAUUUUUCGUUCACAUAUUUUCCCACUUUUUCAUCAACGCUGUUUCCUGCCAUUCCCACACGGAGCAUUGCGUCGCCAAUUUUAUUCCAAUAUUGUUAUCGUUAUUGAUAUUAUAACUGUUAUUUUUUUACUCGUGUUAGAUAUAAUUUAUUUGAAGCAGAUUGCGUGUAAUCAGAGAGCCAAAGAUUUAAAAAAAACUAUAUGGAAAAGGGGUCGAGGAGGAGGGGAGCUAUUGAAGUAGGUAUCGUUCGUUAUCAAAAUUCGAUGCAAUAAUAAACGAAACUUUAAUUUUUACAGAAUUUCUAUAAAAAUAAUAAAGUUUCUGCAUAAAAUAAUUGUUUCAUUUCACAUUCUAUUCGUUUAUUCGAAACCUGAACGUUGACUUAUAUUUAGAUUGCGUAUAAUCAAGUUUUUUUUCCCCUUCAAUUCGUUUAUUUUAGACACGUCGUUUGUUCGAAAGUAGAGAAGAAUAAAAAAAAAAAGUAAAAACCAAAAGCAAAACUUGCGACGUAGAAAUGUAUUUUAUUCAAUUUCAUUUGAAUAUAUAUGUAAUUUACUUAUGCAUAUCGUAUCUCCCGGUAUGCCUAUAACACGAACUUUAUAUUCCGUGUAAACUUGAGCCAUCGAAAUUUCAUGCUUUUACGAAACUAGCAGCAAUAAUAACAAUAUUAAUAGUAAUAACAACCGCUCCAUAGAUAUACCUAUAGGUAGAUAUUCUCGUUAGCCUGCACGUGAGAAGUAAUAGAAGGCCCCGAGGUGAUACGGUGAUAGAAUCUUUCGGCUAUUAUUUACACGAAUAUAUUGUGAGAAAAAAAUAGAAACUUUUCGUUUUUUUCCCCUUUCCCUUGCUUUGUCUUUUUCGUAUCCCUUUCUUUCCUUCUCUCAAUGAAAUGGACGAUUCAGAUUAAGGGGUACCAGAGUAAUAUGUUAUUUGGGUGCGAAGCCAGCGUCGAUAAAAGCGAGAAAACGAAAAAAAAAAGUAAAUCGAAAAUGUAUUCGUAUCGAUAAAAAAUUUGACUGCUAUUAAAUAAUUUGAAGGAAAUGAAAUCCGUGAGAAUGGGAAAAGAAGAAAA